GAAGGCUCUCUGGAUUCAGAGCACUUACAGCAAAGAAGCAAUAUCGAGAAAUGAAGGACAUUCUGAAGCAUGGCAAAAUGAGGGAUUAUGAUGAAAUAACAUCAUUCAUUGGACCAUGGGGACCUUUCCAGUGUCUGAUUUUAUUGUCCCUGGUGGUCAGUAUUUUGCCGAAUGGGUUCAUCUGCAUGUACAUUGUGUUUGUAGGUGACAGCCCACAUCACGAGUGUCUGAUUCCCGAAAGCUACAACAUCAGCGAGGCUUGGCGACACGCGAUCGUUCCCAUGGUUAUGCAGGAUGGCGAGCGACGACGCAGCUCCUGUGCGAUCUACAGCCUCGCGGCCGUCAGGAACUUCUCCCGACUUGGCUACGUUCCAGAUGUGGACGUCAACGUUAGCGAGAUGCAGCAGGAGAGCUGCAGGAACGGCUGGAAAUACAGCAAUGAGACUUACCAGUCGACCAUCGUCACUGAAUGGGACCUGGUGUGUGACAAUGAGUAUAAAAGACCCAUGACGACUUCAAUCUACUUCCUGGGUGUAAUGGUGGGGACAUUCGUCUCCGGCCAUCUGUCUGACAGGUAUGGCCGGAGACCACUGCUCUUUGCGAUAAUGAUCAUGCAGAUGGUCACCAUCUCCAUGCAGAUCUUCUCGCCUAGCUGGGAGGCCUUCAGUGCCAUUUUCUUCUUCGUUGGCCUUGGUGGAUUCUCCAACUAUUUGAUCGCCUACGUGUUGGGCUCUGAGAUCCUGAGUCCACAGACUCGAGUGGUCUUCUGCUCCCUGGGAGUCUUCCUCAGCUCCAGCCUGGGCUACAUGGCGAUGCCCCUGGUUGGAUACUUCAUCCGCAGCUGGAGACUGCUGCUGGUGCCCAUGGCGGCUUCCGGAAUUCUCUAUAUCCCUCUGUGGUGGAUCGUUCCAGAGUCUCCUCGCUGGCUACUCUCCCAAGGAAGGGUGCGAGAGGCCGAGGCGAUCCUGCGAGACGCUGCCAGGAUGAACGGGGUUAUUGCGCCGCCGGUCAUCUUCACCCAGACGGAGCUGGAGUACAUGGUCUCUGCGAGAAGCAGGAAACGCAGCAUCCUGGAUAUCGCGAAGAGCAGUGAUGCUGUCUCCAUCACAAUCCUCUGCUCUUUGUUGUGGACUGUCAUCAUGCUGGGUUACUACGCCCUCAUCCUGAACACUGCCAACCUCUACGGGAGUCCAUACCUCAACUGCUUCCUGUCAGGGAUCGUCGAGGUUCCUGCUAACAUAGUUGCUACGAUCAUGCUGAAAUACUACUCCAGGCACUUCUGCCAGUCUUCUACCUUACUCGUAGGGGGCGCCGUAGUCCUUGUGAUUCGCUUCAGCCCCGCAGGAGUGAGGAUCUUGCUGGAGAUGCUGGGGAAGUUCUGCAUCACGGCAGCGGUCUGUGUCGCUUACACGUUCACCGCCGAGUUGCUGCCCACCGCGGUGAGGAACACGGUGAUGGCGAUCUGCUCCACCUCGGCCCGUCUCGGAAGCAUCCUGUCUCCCUUCCUCAUACACCUUGGAAACCAUUACAAGCCCCUGCCCUACAUCCUGAUUGGGGGGGUCACUCUGCUGGCUGGCCUCCUCUGCCUCCUGCUUCCUGAGACCUUUGGCAAGCCCCUCCCAGAGACGAUAGACCAGAUGCAGGGUGUCAGAGGGUUAGGAAAACAGAAGUUGCAAAUAUCUGUAGCAGCGGAAGGUCGGAACCUUGUCCUGAAAGAAGCGAAGUUCUAAUGCAACAAUAGCUGGUAUUAGCGGAGUGCAGUAAUGCGGGUGAUAACUCUAUAUGGAUUUUCCUUGGAAGGUUUAUUUUUUUUCUAAUGUAAAUAUAUCACCUCUGGUCUUUUGGAACCUUAUUUGUCCAAACAAAUGACUGCAAACAAGUUGUUUCAUUACUUACAAACGACACGUACAAACGACUGCUUCCGCCUCCGUAAAAAUCACAUCAGGACGGCGUGUUGUCGCCGGCAGCAAUGAUUGUGGUUAUAUCUAAACAUCCUGCCGUGAUGCUGCUGACGAGGGGGAAGCGCGGCAACGGCAGAGGGCUGGGCGAUAUUUGGUGUCUUCGUGGUGAUUGAUCACCAGAUACACGAUCAGGGUUUUCAUUUAAUGAACCCAGCUGGCUCUGAUUAGAAUGAUAGACUUUUUAGAGUUUUCAAAUGCGGCUCGCUGGUGGACACGAAAGAAGUGUUACUGGGGGAGAGGACUUACUGCGAGGAGGAGUGUCUCUUUGUAGUGUGUGGUCGAAUUUAGGGUUAUUUUCCUUCUCAGCCAUUUUUUCAGUUCAAAGGGGUCGCGACCAAACGUUUUGGAAAUAGUCCUUUGUUUGAUUACAGUCUGCUGUCUGAUUCGUGUUUUGGACAGAGCUCUCCUCCACCAUUUAGGCUGGAUUUUUGAUAUAUCCUUCCGAGUGUAUGUGAUGUGCGACAAAUAAAAGUGAUAAAAGCUGA